GCCGAGGGUGCGCCUUCUGCUUCUCUGAACUGCUGCGGAGAAGAGUUCAGCCCUGGGGGGCUGGCUAGGGCGGCAGCAGUGGCUGCUGUGCAUGGGAACUGGGCGGCUCGGCGCGCCAAUGGAGCGCCACGGCAGAGCCGCCGCCACCUCAGCCCGGUCCGCCGGGGAGUCAGAGCCCGGAGGCGCCGAAGAAGGGCGGCGGCGGGGUCCAUUGCGACGCCGAGCGAGCAGCGCGUCUGCGCCCCCUGUCAGGGCCUCAGCGGAGAGCGCUAGGCGGGACCGGCCUGGCUCUUACAGCGGUCCUGCCUCAAUCGCCCGUCAGCGCGUCGAAAACCUCCGGAAAAAGCGGCCGCUUUUUCCAUGGUUUGGCUUGGAUAUUGGUGGGACCUUGGUCAAGCUGGUUUAUUUUGAACCCAAAGACAUCACUGCGGAAGAAGAGGAGGAAGAGGUGGAGAGUCUGAAAAGCAUUAGAAAAUACCUGACCUCCAAUGUGGCUUACGGGUCCACAGGCAUCCGGGAUGUGCACCUCGAGCUGAAGGACCUGACUCUGUGUGGACGCAAAGGCAAUCUGCACUUUAUACGCUUUCCCACUCAUGACAUGCCUGCUUUUAUUCAAAUGGGCAGAGAUAAAAACUUCUCGAGUCUCCACACAGUCUUUUGUGCCACUGGAGGUGGAGCAUACAAAUUUGAGCAGGAUUUUCUCACAAUAGGUGAUCUUCAGCUUUGCAAACUGGACGAACUAGAUUGCUUAAUAAAAGGGAUUUUAUACAUUGACUCAGUUGGAUUCAAUGGACGAUCACAGUGCUACUACUUUGAAAACCCUGCUGAUUCUGAAAAAUGUCAGAAGUUGCCAUUCAAAUUGAAAAAUCCAUACCCUCUGCUUCUAGUGAACAUUGGCUCAGGAGUUAGCAUUUUAGCAGUGUAUUCCAAAGAUAAUUACAAGAGGGUCACAGGUACUAGUCUUGGAGGAGGAACUUUUUUUGGUCUCUGUUGUCUUCUAACUGGCUGUACCACUUUUGAAGAAGCUCUUGAAAUGGCAUCUCAUGGAGAUAGUACCAAAGUGGAUAAACUAGUGCGAGACAUUUAUGGAGGAGACUAUGAGAGGUUUGGAUUGCCAGGCUGGGCUGUGGCUUCGAGCUUUGGAAACAUGAUGAGCAAGGAGAAGCGAGAGGCUGUCAGUAAGGAGGACCUUGCUAGAGCGACUUUGAUCACCAUCACCAACAACAUUGGUUCCAUAGCAAGAAUGUGUGCUCUUAAUGAAAACAUUAAUCAGGUGGUAUUUGUUGGAAAUUUCUUGAGAAUUAAUACCAUCGCCAUGCGGCUCUUGGCAUAUGCUUUGGAUUAUUGGUCCAAGGGGCAGUUGAAAGCAUUGUUUUCGGAACACGAGUUCUUACUACUGUUUUUUUGAAGAGAGUAAACCAAAUGUGACAUGACAGAACAGAGUCGGUCAAAUCAAAAGGAUGGACAUAAUAGAUAAUGUAAAAACAAAAUACUAGGUGAUCAACAAUGGUUACCAUACUGCCUCUUGCUAUCUUAAAAAGAAUUGCCUGUAUCAUCAGUUAUGAUAAAAUUGAACAAAACAAUAAAGAAUAAAACCAAAACAUUGGAGACAUUACACGACUUUAAAAGAAGAUAAUAGUCAACCGGAAUGGGCGUCAUAAUGAAUCUUACUGUCUUUACAGUUUUGUCUAUACUUUCGAACUUGGUACUAUCAAGCAAAGCAGAAUACAGGAAAAUCAGUCAAAACAAGAUGUUGAGGGCUAUACAGGGUUUCAAAUCAAGUUAAUAGGAAAUGAAAGUGGGUUAUUAUAAUGUAUCCUGCUAAGUUUUUUAUUUUUCCCUUAAUUAAAAAGAUAAAAAUAAAAAAGUAAGUAAUUAAAAGGAGACUGAGAUAAAAGAGUGUAUAACAACAAAACAGCGCAAGUCAAAGCAUAACCAUUUAAGCAAAAUAUUGUCUGUCUCCAUCGGUCUUAACAGGUUGUAUCUUACUGGAUUUUAUUAUAUGUGAUAAUAUAAGCAAAAACUUUUAUAGACAAGGAGAUUAUACAGAAAACAUUGUUCAUUUUCUGAUAGGCGGUUCUAAAUACCCUAUAAUACUGUCAUUCUCUUGAAUGGUUUUACAUUGUCUUGAUAUGUUUGGUGCUAUAGUAUACGAAGUUAUACUCAAAGAUUUCAAGGAAAGAGACACUAUGGUAACUACUUUUAUGUUAGGAUAUCUUGAGGUGAAACACUAUUUUAAUUGUAAUCAGUUUUAAAGAAUUUUAUUUGUGUGAUUGUACUGAUGUUUGAAAUGUGGCACAACAUGUCUUUUGCACCUUUAAUAAAUGUAAAUACUUGCUACAAGCAAACGAAUGUCCCCAGACCUUGCACAUGCUAGGCGAGUGUUCCACCACUAGGCUGUAUCUGCAGGCCCCAAAGGAAAAUUUGAACCUUUUCAUGGAGUUUUGAUGUUUGCUCUCUCUUUUUUAAUCGGUACCAGGGAUUGAACUCAUGACUGCCUGCUUGCAAGGCAGGUGCUUAUGCCACUGAGCUAAAUUCCCAGCCCCUUUGAUGUUCUCUUCUUUUCUGGACAAUCCUUUAUAUUUUUUCAUUGCAUUGACUCUGUAAAUACAGCUCCUCUGGUCCUGCUUGUUUUCUUCAUCUUUUUUGAUGCCAGUUUUUUGUAUUGAUAUAAUUCAUGUGUCCUGUGCUUUUAAGUAGGAUUUGAUCAAUAAAAAUUACUUUUUCCUUUAAA